AUGACAGAUCAGUGGAAGGCUGCAGUUAGAAAGAAGAGAAAAUACUCUAAGAUGUUUGCGAAGAAUCCAACAGACGAGAAUCUACAAUUGAACAAGAAAUGGAGGAACGUUGCUACGAACCUUAGGAGAAGAUCAUUAAAGCAGUACUGGAAAUCUAAGACAGAAGAGAUGAAUCACAAUCGAUGGGAGUUUUAUAAAGUUUUCAAGGCUUUCCUGGACUCCAAAACUCAAGAGGUUGAUGACACUGCGAUAAUUCUGGAAAAUCGUGGCAGUGACAUAAAGGAUCAAACAAUGGUCGCUGAUUGCUUUGUUGAAUACUUUACAGGGAUAGCACAGGGUAUCGGUGACUCUGGGUUGCUGACAUUAACUGAGGAACAAUUACGUGACUUAAAGAGUGCUCAAGACAUACGCGACAGUGUGAGAAUUGUGAAUGUACCCAAAUUUAGCUUCAGUAAAGUCAGUCAAACCGAAUUGCAGUCAGCCUUUGCAAACUUGAACGUGAACAAGAGCUACGGUCAUGAUGGGCUGUCUAAUAAAGUUCUCAAACUAGUUGGUGGUGCCUUGGUGCCAUCCUUAACUAAGAUCUUUAAUAUUUGCAUUGAUGCAAAUUACUGGCCCGUGGAAUGGAAGAGAGGGGGGUGGGUCCCGGUUUAUAAAAAGGACAAUCCGAGGGACGUUAGAAACUACAGACCGGUGACAGUACUUAGUACAGUGGGCAAAGUCUCCGAAUAG